AUGCCAGACCAUAGUGCCGAUGCUCGGUCAACGGCCAUGAUUGACGAGGCCACAGGGGAGAUGGUUACGUCGAUUGCAUGUUAUGUAUGUCGCAAACGGAAGGUCAAAUGUAAUCGACUCUACCCAACAUGCUCCAAUUGUUCCCAAACAAAACAAACAUGCACGUAUCCAAGACGUGUCACCAGGCCUGGCCCUAAGAUUGGCACUGUCCAAAGCAACCGCAAGAGGAAUGGAGAUCUCAAUGCUCCAGCGCAAUCGAAGAAACUGAAGCCCACUGCACAGGCUACGAACGCUAGCACUACCUUACAGCGGUCGAUUCCUCCACCUCUACCAGGACCGGCUUAUGCAGCGUCAGUGUCGCAGCAGCCACUCUCUCCCUCGGUCUCAACAUCAUCAACUACAGCUUCGCACUUGUCGCGCGACAUCACCUCGUUAUCUUUUAUCCUACACCCUUCGCUUGAACUUCGCGAAGUGGAGUCUCAUAACGAACUGGACAAAGAUCUAGAUACUGCAGACGAUAGUUCUAUUAUCUCAUCCGCAUGCUUUGCGCUCGGCAUCGGCGUAACGGAGAUGCACCAGCUAGUGGAUGAAUUUUUUGACACCUUCACCUCGUUCCAACUAUUCCGCCGCGGAAACUUCUUCACAAAGCUCCAUCAUAUUGAAAACUUGUCACAAGUCAAAGCACUCCUCGCUUCCAUAUUUAUGUUUUCGGUCCGGAGUCGCGCUUCGAGUCCUCACUUCACGCGAGGGACUGGCGAUAGUGCAAGUCAAGAUGCCAAUACCUCAGGGCAUUUCUGCGACCUUGCGAUCCAGUACGCUGAUAAUGCUAUUACAGAAUGUGACGAGCAUGAGGAGCAGCUCCCACUAAACGUCCUUCAAGUCUUGGUCCUUAUCAGUCACUGGCUACUGUCACAAUCUGCCCAUGGUCGGGCAUGGCGCUACUUAGGUCUAGCGGUAAGGAGUGCCUAUGAUCUCAAUCUUCAUAUGGUGGACUGUGGAAAAGGGCCCGAAAGCCAUCUUCUGGAGUCACCCGAGCGAUGGGUUGCUGACGAGGAGAAGAGACGGGCGUGGUGGGCUCUGUGGGAAAUGGAUGUCUUCGCCAGCGUAAUUCGACGACGUCCAAUGGCCAUCAGUUGGUCGCAGAACCAAACGCUGCUUCCUGCAGAGGAUGAUCGAUGGGACAAGUCCGAACCGCAGAAAAGCUGCUUUUUAUCACCGAGCUACGUCGACCGAUGGAAAUUGCUUGAAAAAUCUGGGAAUCAAUCCGCGAAGGCCUGGUUCAUUAUCAUCAAUUCCCUGAUGAAGGAUGCGCAGCUCUUUUCCAGUCCCAUGCCUCAUGAGGCAACACCAACUGGGGAAGAAGACCGAGAAACUUUCAAACAACUCAUGGCAAUGCACAAUGUUCUGCAUUGCACAACUGAAAUGCUUCCGCAUCACUUACGAUACGAGAAUCAAUUCCUGAACUUUAGUCCCGAGGAUGUUGAUGUUGCAGAUGCCCCUUCGAUGCGUGCUCGCGACGCCAACAUCUACAGCAUUCAUCUGAUGACACAGCUGGCGCGCAUGAUGACCUACAAGUUUUACGUCUUUCACAUGCGCUUGAGGUGGCCUCAGCUCCAACGAGAGCUCGCGACGAUGAAAGAGCAUACCAAGAAGGGGACGAUGCCUGAGCGACAAUUGGGCAGUAUCGUGCCUACAAACGCAACUCGACAAGCCCUGACCCUCUAUAUCGCCGCUUCGGACAGCGUUGUAGAGAUCAUUCAGAGAACUGGUGGGUCGCAUUACAAAUUUGUAAAUCCUUUCUUCGCAAACACCAUCUGGCUUGCGGCGGCUGUUCAGUUGCUUCAUCGUGAGCUCGUUCCACCUCAUAGUACCGACAAGGUCCUGAUUAGCUCCAACUUCGAGCUACUUUGCAUGACCUAUCGCCAAUUUGUAAAAUACUGGGACAUGUCUGAUACGCUUCAGAAAACCCUCAAAAGCCUUGAAACCGAGCUCCAAAGUCUUCAAAUACUUGGUAAAGACGUGCCUUUUGAGAGGCGUCUGUCAUUCGACUCCCAGUCCGUAUCUUAUCAAGCGGCCAACCGUCCGGCGUCCACCGCAUCUGGAUUGUCGGGGCGAGACCUUGACGAUACCACUGGUCAACCUCUACGGCGCCGGAAAACGGUGUCUCCAGGUAAGGGACAAAUAUUGCCUGUCGUAUUGUCGCUAUGA